UGUCCAGAAUCAGGCAUAGGCCCGGCACUACAUGCAGAUGCUGCCCAAGGAGAAGCAGCCGGUGGCUGGCUCAGAGGGGGCGCAGUACCGGAAGAAGCAGCUGGCCAAGCAGCUCCCCGCACACGACCAGGACCCGUCCAAGUGCCAUGAGCUGUCUCCCAAAGAGGUGAAGGAGAUGGAGCAGUUUGUGAAGAAGUACAAGAGCGAGGCUCUGGGAGUAGGAGAUGUCAAACUUCCCCGUGAAAUGGACGCUCACGGCCCCAGCAGAGUGGACAGCCCAGGAGGGGACCGAAGCACGGCGGCCGCGGUGGGGGCCAGGGACGAGAAGUCGGCCGAGCCCAGAAUUCAGUAUUCCUGCUACUGCUGCAAGCUGACUAUGAAGGAAGGCGACCCAGCCAUCUAUGCGGAAAGAGCCGGCUACAAUAAACUGUGGCACCCGGCUUGUUUCGUCUGCAGUACCUGCCGGGAACUCCUGGUCGACAUGAUUUAUUUCUGGAAGAAUGAGAAGCUGUACUGUGGCAGACAUUACUGUGACAGCGAGAAGCCCCGAUGUGCUGGCUGUGACGAGCUGAUAUUCAGCAACGAGUACACCCAGGCAGAAAACCAAAACUGGCACCUGAAGCACUUCUGCUGCUUUGACUGUGACAACAUCCUGGCUGGGGAAAUCUACGUGAUGGUGGAUGACAAGCCCGUGUGCAAGCCCUGCUACGUGAAGAACCACGCUGUGGUGUGCCAGGGCUGCCACAAUGCCAUCGACCCCGAGGUGCAGCGGGUGAGCUACAACAACUUCAGCUGGCACGCGGCUGCCGAGUGCUUCCUGUGCUCCUGCUGCAGCAAGUGCCUCCUCGGGCAGAAGUUCAUGCCGGUGGAGGGCAUGGUCUUCUGCUCCGUGGAGUGUAAGAAGAUGAUGUCCUAAGGGGAAGCCCUGCCCAGAGCAGCCGGGCCCGGCCCACAGGGCUGCGCGGCUACUGUAACAUUGCAAUUUGGAAAAAUAAAUAGAAGAAAAGAAACUACAUGGGAGCCAGAAGAUUUUGUUAAGCAUCUUUCUUUCCUGGUUUUCCUUAUCCAUUUUUUUUUCAUCUCAUCAUUUACAACCUGUUUUAAGCAUUUGAUUUUAAAAACAGCAAAGAAUUUUAUUGCUCUAGCUUUCCAAAUCUAAACUCUUUGCGUUGGAAGCUUGGGUUUAAUUACUCUUUGUCCUCAUCCACCUUGUGCCAAAGUAUAUAUGAAACACUUAAAAGUUAGUGUGCUGAAUGAGAAGAUGAGCAUUUCUAGUUCCAUAUUCGCGAUUCCCUCUAGUAUGAAGUGAAAAGGAAAUGAAACAUUCCCUAACGCCAAGGCUGUCCACUUAUGGCCUCUUCGUAGUCACUGAACUUUGUAGUGACACACAGUGAAUUCUUCUGACAGGGAAACAGACGCAGCCUCGGAUGGAGAGCUCUUAUCAUUUUCAUCCUAGGCCCUCGCCAUUUCCUCAUUGAGGCAGAGGGGGCUUCAUUGCAUUGCGUUUCUCUUCGCCUUCAUUUACCCUGCCUCUCAGUGUUCUCUUUGUAAGCUGGUGACCUCCAUCUGUGGCCUUGAGUAUUUUAUUGUCACAUGUGGCAUCCACACUUUUUACUUCUAUAGAUGACUUUUGGCUUGGACAUAAAAGCCAAGCUGUUCAUUUAUAUCAUAUUUUCAAUCCAAAGAACACGUAUACUUUUUAUACCCAAGAAACUAUAACCUGUACCGAUUGCACUUGCCUGACGUGGUGUGGGUAGAUGUUUUUUGCAUGGUUUUUAUUCUUUUCUAAUGGAUACUGUACCGUGAUGCUUCUAAGCCUCUUCAUGGGUAUAUCGAAUGUCCUCUUCACCUAUAUACUGCCAUCCUUAGGUAUUCCUAAUGUUUAUUUUUCCCUAUGUACUUUCAUACACUAUGCACUAUAAAAAUGAAAUGUAAUGAAUGAUAUGUAUAUUAUUCAAAAUAAAAUCUCACUUUAAUAAUUGCA